CCCACCUUACGCGGUGUUCUGCCUGGGGGGAAGGGGGAGGGGUUGAUUUGAAGGACCCUAUGCGAGCACCUUGCGGAGCACAAAGAAGGAAGGAGUCAACAGGGGGGUUGACAAACUGGCAAGUGCCCGACCAAGGCUCCUUUCAAGUUGCCAAAAUUCCAAGCACGCACAAAUCUUGACCCCCCUCACAGAGCGUCAACAAUCUUUCAGUCAGCCAGACUUUGCGUCCUCGCCGUCACUACUACUUCGAAAACAGUUACAGAGAAACCGCAUUCACCAUGUCGACCGCGACAUCCCAAGAGCUCCGCCAGUUGUCCGAGCAAGCCGUGGAAUUCGUCCCGGAGGCUGCCCGGCGCCUACCCUCCACCUUCCUCUCCCUGGCACCCAAGACGUCGGACUCGUACCCCCGGGCCCAGCGCGUCAAGCAGCCCCUCACGGCUGAGGCUCUGGCCGAAGCCACCAAGCAAGCCGGGGCUAGCGAUGACAUAACGAAGCGCCGCGCGUCCAGCCUCAGCAGCGAUGCCUCCAAGCUCCGCUUCCUCAAGCUCGGCCCCGUCCACUGGGGAGAGCAUCAGGAUGACCACCAGGCCGACUUCCACGAGGUUGCGGUCGAGUAAGCGGUCAGACUCUUCCCCGCCGAUCGACCGACGGUUCCGGGUCUUCCGCUUCGCCCGCAUCUUUCUUUUUCCC